AUUUCAAAAUAACUUUCACACGUGGUUCCACGCAUUACUCACUUUCUUUGCUAAUACAUUACUUAUUUAUAAAAGACUGUUUUCAUUUUGUUACUGAUAUUAGCAAUUACCAUAGAGGAGAAAACACGCGUUUGAUGUCCCGCUUCAACAUCUGUUAUUUUAGAACGGCAUUAAGACUAUUUAUUUUCAACUAUAAACGACCUCAAGGCGAAGCGUGUCAGAUGUUAAGUUGUGAAAAUCAACAAGUCAACGUGUCUGAAGAAGUGUCCGUCUUAAUUUACAAUUGGAUUAACCCUUGUCGUGCCUCAAUUUAGUUGAUGAGCUGGGGUCGUUCAAAAUCUGGUCUCUACUGCGCUGGAAAUUGAAUACAAAAGUUUUUGUAGUGAUACAGUACCCGCCUUUGUGUAUUAUUCUUUUCGGAUAACAGUAAACCAAUGGCGCGGAAAACAAAAAUCAUGAUUUAAAAUUUUGAAUGAAUUUUAAAAUAGUUUCAAAAUUUAUGUGUUUGUGUGUUAAAUAAUGAAUUCAUUUAAAAAUGUGAGAAAUAAAUCAUUGGAAAAUUAUGAAUGACAGGAACGAUCUGUACGCUGAUAACGAUCACAAAAUAGGGGUAACCAUGCCCGAUUCGGACAGCGGGGAGGAAACUGAAAUGUACCGGGCUUUUAGUGAUAAUGUGGACACGGAUGUUAGUAACAAUAACAAUACCCAGGACGAGAGUGACGCCCCUUCACCUCCGAUGGCAAGGGGUAGUCGUUUUGUACCUAAUCACCUCCCGGCUAACAAUUUAAAUGCUUUGACCAAUAGAUACAGUGAUUCGGAUAGCUGUACGGACGGUGAACUUGCAGGUGACCAAACAACGGAUGAAACAACCAGUACUUCUGAGUCGGAAGAAACUCAAAUUUGGGUCCCAAUUUGCAAUCGUCCAAGCUACAGACAGAAUGCAUCCUCGCCACCAAUUCCUCUUCCAUUUCCGCCAAGUUUAACCAGUUCUGGCGCAAGUGAAGCUUUACAACAAAUACUCAACGCCCAUAGGAAUACUCUACCAAGGUGCUCACAUCGUGACAGAGGCGAUAUGUCAUCUGCUAAUCCUUCAAAUGUAGCAUCACCGGAGGUAACAGAAAACGAGGCCACACUGGAACGAGGCAGACGACACUCUUGGCACACUCCGCAUGUGUUGAACAAUAGCAGACGACACCAGACCAAGAGUGCAAGUCUCAUACAACACAAUACAAGAACAGGAACGACAGAGGCUUUUCUAAUUGACGAAACACAUGGGCAUGGGCCUAACGGUGAUUCGGGUAUUGGACACGAUGACAUUGUGCAUUCGGGUGAUAGCUUCGAUAGGGAUUUCCCGCCAUCAGCCUCAAUGUCAAUGCUUCGAAGACGAGGCUAUGGGUCUGAUGACCAGAACUGCGAUACCACAUUAAUCGAUACAUUGUUCAUUGCCCUUAGUGGAUUGUACGCCAUGGGUGUAGUGGUAUUUGGGCUUGUUGUUCCAAUAGCUGAAAUAUUUGCCCCUUCGUCUAUGACCUUUCUAUUUGAGGGUUUUUAUAUUUAUUUAUAUGCUGUCAGUAUUUGUUUUUUGAUAUAUGCCUAUACCUACCUCCUACAAAAUACAACUUUAAUAGUGCGGAAGAAACAACGACGAUUUGUGCCACCGGAAGUUGCAGCUACAUCAUCAUUCAAACAGAAGAAAUAUUCUUAUGAUAUCUCGCGAACAUAUCACACCGGAAGUUUCUACCUACGCUUAGGUGCUGUUGGUUUUGGAAUUGGCAGCAUGAUAAAAAGUGGUCUACAUUUUGGUGAGCUUUUCGACCAUGAUAUUCUCGCAUGUAAUGGUGUGCUCCACGCAUUACGGCCCAUACUGCAUGUUAGUUUCACGUUUGUUCAGCUCUAUUUCGUUUUCCUAAAUUCCAAGAUGUGUAUUCAACGCCACAAGACACUUGCAAGAUUUGGUCUGAUGCACAUGGUUGCUACUAACAUUUGUGUUUGGUUAGAGACUAUUGUGGUGGAGACCAUACGAGAAGUGGAGAAAACUUCACAAAUAGAAACAUCCGUUACAGUCAUGCCUCUAGUGGAAGGAACAACUUCUAGCUCAGUAGAAAAUAUCACUAGCACUCUAAAUCCGAGUUUAUGCCAGGGACCAUCAUUGAUGAAGGAAGUGGUCCAUUCUUCUGGACCCUAUUUGUACCCCUGUAGUAUUGAAUAUAGUUUAAUUUGCGCUGGUAUUUUAUACGUAAUGUGGAGAAAUAUAGGAAAACAUGAAACCAAUCCCAACUUACCUGGUUCAUCCGGAGACCAGAAAAGUAAGACACAGAGGAUUAAUGUAGAUUGUUCUAGUUCUAGUCGUGGAUUAUUCAUGGGGAUUUUCGUUCUUGUUGCUUCCGUCAUAUCAAUGAUUACAUUCUUCGUUUUAGUUAGAUCAACAACAUUUGUUGACACUGCAAUAAAAAUAGAACACUUGUCUAAAGUGGCAAUUCACGUGCUGACGUCUGUGGCCGUCAUCUUGGCCUUUCACCGCAUGCAAAGUCUCAAAUUUAACUAUGAUCAGAAGUUAGAUCUCGAAGAAACACUUAUUUUAGUGUCUUUGUGUGGAGUUUAUAUGUUCGGGUUUUUCAGUAUUGUUGCAUCAGCUUUUGACGAUCAUGAAUCGAAUGGACUUUUAGUGAUUUUGUCAUGUGUUCUUGGCAUGUUUCAAGCCACUAUACAAACUGUAUUUCUUCUCCACGCAUUGCGGAAGUCAGCAUUGCGGAGGGAACAGGAACGGGUUAAACCUGGGCGGGAAUUCGUAACGUUUCUGCUCAUGUGCAAUAUUGCAUUAUGGGCAAUCAAUACUUUUGAAGUACAGCGUACAGAGGCAAAUCCAAUACAGUUUCACUACUAUGGCUCUGUAGCAUGGAAUAUUUUCAAUCACAUUUCACUUCCAUUACAAAUAUUCUUCCGCUUUCAUUCAACUGUUUGCUUAUCGAACAUUUGGAAGAAAGCGUGGAAAAGACGGAGUCAUAAAUAAACCUUCAUAUAUGACAUGUGGACAUCUGCUUCAUACCAUAUUGAUAAUUGGCCAUGAAUCUGGUAUGAAAGUAAAAGUAUUUGUGAAUUUCAGACCUUCCUGGACUCUGUGGUACGAACAUUGAGAUCUUCGAAAUGAAUAAUAUAAGAAUUAUUUUUUUUCAUUGUUUUUCUAUGUCUUAUGGGACUUUUAUGUACAAAAUCUGCAAAAACAAUUUGACAGAACAUAAAUAACAGUAUCAGGAUAUAAAUAAAAUUUACGCUACGUAAUGUCUUAGAAAAAUAUUCGGGUUCUCUAUUGAACAUUUAUUUUGGCAAAACGGUUGAAUGUAACGUGUAUGUGUGAUACUAAUUGGGGCAGCAUACAUUUUUUUUUAUUAAUCAACAUUUUUUAGGGAUAUUAUACAUGUACACUUGUAAGUGUUAUGAUAUGCUGAUAUUGUUUUAAUCCCAUCUUCUGAAUAGUCAUGACAAUUUUGUCAUUGUGUUUUGUGAUUUUGAAACGAAAUUUUGAAUAUGUUACAUUUUCUAAAUAUAUAUUUUUUAAAUGUUUUUAUUGAAUCCAAAAUGGUGCUAAUAUACAUAAUUACUAUUUUAUUCUAGUUGGGAUACAAUCUCGUCAAUUAGGUUUGGUCAUAGCUAUUCUGGUCACUGUAAAAAAUUAUUAACGCAGACGUCGAGCGUCGACUAUAAAAUCAUGUGACAUCAUUAUUACCACCAUUUUUUUCUCAUUAUGUAAAUUCAUGUAUUAAAUUAUUGUGCUAAAGUGUUUUAUUGAUAUGUUGGCCAUUUGAAUAUAUAAUUG